AUUCGGCUUUGGGCUCCUGAUAAACAUCCCUUUUUUUUCACAACGCAUGCGUGACUGACCGAGGAACUCUCCCCACCCACUAGCAACACCGUUUCCUUUGCACAUGCGUCGACUGCCGAGAAAGCGGCUUCAGCCUGACUCUCCCCCUUCCUUUCCUUUGCGCAUGCGCAAGCUGUCACAAACCAUCAUGGCGGCUGCCAUGGCGGGAGGCACCCGGGUUUUCCUCAAAAGCUUCAGAAGUUGCGUUACGCUGGCCCGGCUGACUGGCGGCUUUGCCUGCUCUUCGUCUCCUAGGGGUUUCUCGGGCACCGGAGGGCCUGGGAAAAGUGGCGGACCCUCUCCAUCAGAAAGCCGGACUUCAGAUUUUUGUCCUCCUUCACACUCUUGCCAUGAUUGGAUUGGGCCUCCUGAUCGAUGUUCAAAUCUCCGACCAGUAAUAUUUUAUAUUCCUAAGCAUGAAUCCCCUUUGGAACGAAGACUAAGAGAGUUUAGACAAGAAACUCAGAUUUGGAAUCAACAGUUCUGGGCAAACCAGAAUAUAUCCUUCAGAAAGGAAAAAGAAGAAUUUAUUUGCUCCAGAUUGAAAGCCAAAGGUCUACAGCUCAGAGAUGAAAAAGGCCAAAAAGCUACCCUGAGUGUCGAAGAAAUGGCAGAAUUUUACAGAGUUUUUCUAAGUAAGAACUUCAAAAAACAUAUAUGCUACAACAGGGAUUGGUACAAACGGAAUUUUACCAUCACGUUUCUGAUGGGACAAGUGGCAUUUGUGAAAGCUUGGAAGAGGCUUUGGCCGAAAAAAGACUAAAGCGGAAAAUUAACCAGUCGCAGCAUUGAGUAUAUAUGGUAAAAGGUUUUGCCUUUCCUGGUAUCUGCAUUGCAGCCCUGUUUCUACAUUUCUUAAUAUGAAGCUAGAUGAAACCAAAUCCAGUUGGGCCUUCCUCUGUAAAGGCAAUUAAUGCUAUUUCCCUUUAGAGGCCGAAAGCUGACGUUGGUCCCAGUUGGAGUAUCAGUGCGACUCACAUUACUCUGUGUGUGAUUAAGGAUUAGCUUUAGGUGGCAGUAUUCUACUAACUACAAGGUAACAUUGGGAUAAGGCUGUACUUAAUACAAGCAGCAGUGUGUUAAUUGGUCUGCAAGCAGAUGGGGGUGGUGGUGAUGAUUGGCAGAUAGAUGUGGCUGUGUAAAAAACGAUGACUUCAUAGUGUUCGCCGUCCAAUAGAAAAUGGACGGAGAUAAAAUAUAAAUAUAAAAGCAGAUAUUUUAAUUUUUUAGAAGACACCUUUUUGAGGAGUUUGGCUCAUUGUGUGUUGGAUCUUAUGUUUUAAAUACCUUCACAUUCAGUACCAGGGCCUGCCUCUUACAGAAACAUGUCAGCCUUCAGGGUUUUCUGUAGAAGGGCAUAGACUAGGUCUUAGUAUGAAUUUACAUAAUUAUUGAAGACAAAAAGGAUAACAUGUCAAAGGAAAUGCCCUCAUUUUCUUUCUGAGCAGAAUCUGGUUACAUUUUGAACUGUAUUUAUAUGUGUUAGGAAAACAUGUAUACCAGAUAUGCAAGUAGCCCUCUAGAUUUGAGGGUUUAACUUGAUUUUAUUCUUCCCAAACUUGAUUACUCUCUCCAGGAGUCUCUUAGUCUUCCAGUACAACUCUGUGGCUAACUUCCACCAGAAGGUGACAAUAGAAUUGUGUUGCAAGACCUUGAGAUCUCUAGAGAUAAUGCCUCUAGAAAUCUCCAGGCCCUCUAAGCCAAGAUUGUCAAGAUUCCUUGUUCUCUUAGGUUAAAAAAAGUAGUUUUUAUUUACUUUUUCCACAUUCGCUGGGGACCUAUGCCCCUGAUGCCAUGUGAAGAUCCAGCUGCAGCUCAAAAACAUACUGCUGCAUUAUUUUUGAGUGUAUUUGUCUACUUUAUUUAUAUAAAACUAAGGACCUAAAAGUGAAUAUGUAUUUCCAAGUUAAUUAAUUUAAACUGAACCUCAUGUUAUUUUUCCUUGUUUAUUUAUUAAAAGUGAAACCUAAUACUGCUUUGCUCCGCUAAAAUUAUAGAAUCAAUACAAAACAAAGCAGAAAAUGCAACAUAUUCUAAUGUCACCCAGACUAGUGACUAGAUGAAAACAUUCUACUUCAAUGCAAAAACAUUGCAUAGUUUCCGUUCAGUCAUGCCACAGGGACAUUAUAUGCAUUUUCAACAGUACUGCAGACCUCAGGGUGGUAUUUUGGACUAAGGGUAAAUCAAAACAUUACAGAAGCUGUUGAUUAUGAACUGAGUAAAUUUCAGAUUAUCCAAUGAUUACUCGGUAUAAACUAUGAAUAUAGUGAAAAUAAACAUAUAUGAUAUUUUCAUGUAACUCAGUUGAGAGAUUUCUCAACAAUAGUGAGCAAUUGUGAAAAAAAUCCUGCUCCUAAUAAAAAUGUUUAUUUUGAA